ACCAAAAACUACCAGUAUGUUCUGGCCUUGGUUUUUGCCAUUGAAGAGAUCAACAGGAACCCUCAUCUUUUACUAAACAUUUCUCUGGGAUAUGAUCUCUACAAUGCCAUACACAGUGAACAGAGGACAUUGGAGAGUACUGUUAAUUGGCAAUCAGGGCUUGGCAAGGAGAUCCCUAAUUAUACCUGUAGGAAAGAGAGCAAAUCUGUAGCAGUCCUUACAGGAACAACAUGGGCAAUUUCUGCCCAGAUUGGGACACUGCUGGAACUCUACAAAGUCCCACAGCUUACCUAUGGCAUUUUUGAUACUGACUUGAGUGAUGAUGUCCAGUUUCCAUCUCUCUAUCAGAUGGCCCCCAAGGACACAUCUCUGGCCCUUGGCAUGGUCUCAUUGAUGCUGCAUUUCAGCUGGAACUGGGUGGGACUGGUCAUCUCAGAAGACAAGAGAGGUGUUCAGUUUCUCUGGGACUUGAGAGGGGAGAUGGACAGGAAUGGAGUCUGUGCAGCCUUUGUGGAAAUGAUCCCAGUCACUGAGAGGUCAUAUUUCUCAAAGUACUGGAAGUAUCAUUUUAGGAUCAAGGAAUCAUCAGUGAAUGUGGUUGUCAUUUAUGGUGAUUCUGACUCACUACUAGGUUUGAGCUUUAGUAAAUGGAACUCUUUAGUGAUAUGGAAAGUCUGGGUCACAACUUCACAAUGGGAUUUUACCACUGGUGAGGGAGAUUUUUUACUUUCUUCAUUGCAUGGAACUCUCAUUUUUUCACACCACCAUGAAGAGCUACCUGGUUUCAAAACUUUUAUCCAGACAGCUAACCCUUCCAAAUACCCAGAAGAUUUUUAUCUCAGUAAACUGUGGUCCAUGUCUUUUGGUUGCUGGAUUUCCAAAUCUGACUGUAAAACACUGGAGAACUGUCCACCCAAUGCCUCCUUGGAGUCUUUGUCUUCUUGGAAGUUUGACAAGGUCAUGACUGAAGGAAGUUAUAACAUCUAUAAUGCAGCAUAUGCUGUGGCUCAGUCCCUUCAUAAAAUGCUUCUUCAGCAAGCAGAAGUGCAGUCAGUGGGAAGUGAAGAUGGGCUGCUGGUUCAACCUUGGCAGCUGCACCCAUUCCUGAGAAAUAUCAAAUUUAACAAUCCUGCUGGUGACCCAGUGAAUUUGGAUGAGGAAAGGAAAUUGGAUGCCGGUUAUGACAUUCUCAACUUUUGGAAUUUUCCAGAUGGUUUGGGACUUAAAGUGAAAGUAGGACAAUUUGCCUUAGAUGCAGCACAUGAUCAACAAUUGUCUGUGUCUGAGGAUUUGAUAGAGUGGGCUGCAGGAUUUUCAGAGACUCCCCACUCUGUAUGCAGUGAAAAAUGUAUUCCUGGAUUCAGGAAAACCUCUCAGGAGGGAAAGCCUACCUGCUGCUUUCUUUGCACACCCUGCCCAGAGAAUGAGAUUUCCAAUGAGACAGAUACAGAUCAGUGUGUGAAGUGUUCAGCUCAUCAGUUUGCAAACAGUGAGAGAACACACUGCCUCCAAAAAACUGUGACUUUCCUGGCUUAUGAAGACCCAUUGGGGAUGGCUCUGGUCUGUACUGCUCUUUCUUUCUCUUUCCUCACUGCUGUUAUUCUUGGGGUCUUUGUGAAACACUGAGAUACUCCCAUAGUAAGGGCCAACAACAGGGCUCUCAGCUACAUCCUGCUCAUCUCCCUCCUCCUGUGCUUCCUCUGCUCCUUACUCUUCAUAGGUCAUCCAAACACAGCCACCUGCAUCUUCCGACAAAUUGCAUUUGGAAUUGUUUUCACCGUGGCUGUUUCCACUGUCUUGGCCAAAACCAUCACUGUGGUUUUGGCAUUCAAGGCCACUGCACCAAGGAGAAGGAUGAGGCAGGGGUUGGUGUCAGGGGCACCCAAAUCUGUUAUUCCCAUCUGCUCCCUGAUCCAGGUGACUCUCUGUGGGAUCUGGCUGGAAACCUCUCCUCCAUUCAUUGAGAAAGACGCACAUGCUGAGCAUGGCUAUAUCAUCAUUGAAUGCAACAAGGGCUCGAUCAUUGCCUUCUACUGUGUCCUGGGGUAUCUGGGCUGCUUGGCCUUGGGGAGCUUCACCGUAGCUUUCAUGGUCAGGAACCUGCCUGACACCUUUAAUGAAGCCAAGUUCUUGACCUUCAGCAUGCUGGUGUUCUGCAGUGUCUGGGUCACUUUCCUCCCUGUCUACCACAGCACCAAGGGGAAGGUCAUGGUGGCCGUGGAGAUCUUCUCCAUCUUGGCUUCCAGUGCUGGAUUACUAGGCUGCAUCUUUGCUCCAAAAUGUUAUAUUAUUUUGUUAAGGCCAGAGAGGAACACUCAGCAUAGAUUACAGUAUAAAUCACAAUCUAGGGGCAAUAAGCUUUCUUAA